UUCCACUGUGACUGUGAGGGGAAACUUCUUUCAGUGUUUGUUCUGAUAAGUGCAAGAGAAGUUAUGAAAAUUCAUGAAAGGCUGAGAGAUUUUGUUUCUCAUGCAAAUUUCUUAUUUUUGAGAUGUCCAAAUUUUGCUCAUCUGUUUUGUAAAUCCAGUCUCUCUGUGGAACUUCUAAACAUCAUUAUUGGGGCAAACACUUUUUACACGAUGAGGUCAACAAUAUAACAAGUGUCUCUGUGGUUGUGAGUUAUCCACGUGGUUCGCGAAGCCUGAGACCUGAGGAGUACAGGGCCUGUGUGAUGACAAUAUGACGAAUAGCAAAGGAAGGUCUACUCCUAGUAAAGCAAGUGGUGGUCCAAGUCACAGGGGAGGUUUUGUAGAUUGGACUUUGCAUUUAAAUACAGUUCAGUCUGAUAAGUUUUUAAAUUUACUAUUGAGGAUGGUCCCAGUGAUUUACCAGAAAAGCCAGGAAGACAGGCACAAAAAAGCAACCAGCAUUUGGCAAGAUGGGUUGUCAGGCCCAACACAGAUUUUCAGUAACAGAUCAGAGCAACACCUGGAAUAUCACAGUUUCUCCGAGCCCGCUUUCCACUGCAAUAGUGGGCACACGCCCUUGAGCUGCAGCCCCAAGUAUGAUGACUACGCCAACUACAAUUACUGUGAUGCCAGGGAGACCUCAGAAACCACUGCCAUGCUGCAAAAUGAAGAUCUGUCUAGUGAGGCCGAUGAAGAUGUUAUUGUGGAAACGAGCCCCAAAUUACCAAAGGAGUCCAGUGGCAUCAUGGCACUGCAGAUACUUGUGCCAUUUCUGCUAGCUGGUUUUGGAACAGUUUCGGCUGGCAUGGUUUUAGAUAUAGUACAGCACUGGGAAGUAUUCAAAAAUGUAACAGAAGUUUUCAUCUUAGUUCCUGCACUUCUUGGUCUCAAAGGCAACUUGGAAAUGACUCUGGCAUCCAGGUUAUCCACUGCGGUAAAUAUUGGGAAGAUGGACUCACCUAUUGAAAAAUGGAACCUCAUAAUUGGCAACCUGGCUUUAAAGCAGGUUCAGGCUACGGUAGUUGGUUUUCUAGCAGCUGUGGCAGCAGUUAUAUUGGGCUGGAUUCCAGAAGGAAAAUAUUACCUCGAUCAUUCCAUACUUCUGUGCUCCAGCAGUGUGGCGACUGCCUUCAUUGCAUCUCUCCUGCAGGGAAUAAUAAUGGUUGGCGUUAUUGUUGGUUCAAAGAAGACUGGCAUAAACCCUGAUAAUGUUGCCACACCUAUUGCUGCCAGCUUUGGUGACCUUAUAACUCUCGCCAUAUUAGCCUGGAUAAGUCAGGGUUUGUAUUCCUGUCUAGAGACCUAUUACUACAUUUCUCCAUUAGUUGGUGUCUUUUUCUUGGCUCUUACUCCUAUUUGGAUUAUAAUAGCAGCCAAGCACCCAGCUACAAGGACAGUUCUGCACUCAGGCUGGGAGCCUGUCAUCACAGCUAUGGUCAUAAGCAGCAUCGGGGGCCUUAUUCUGGACACAACUGUAUCUGAUCCAAACUUGGUUGGGAUUGUUGUUUACACGCCAGUCAUUAAUGGCAUUGGUGGUAACUUGGUGGCCAUUCAGGCGAGCAGGAUUUCUACCUACCUCCAUCUGCACAGCACCCCUGGAGAGCUGCCCGAGGAGCCCAAGGGUUGCUACCACCCACUUAGGACUUUCUUUGGACCAGGAGUAAAUAAUAAAUCUGCCCAAGUUCUGCUGCUUUUAGUGAUUCCUGGACAUUUGAUUUUCCUUUACACCAUUCAUCUGAUGAAAAGUGGCCACACUUCUCUAACUGUGAUCUUUGUCGUUGUGUACUUAUUUGCUGCUGUGCUACAGGUGUUCGCAUUGCUGUGGAUCGCAGACUGGAUGGUCCACCACUUCUGGAGGAAAGGAAAGGACCCGGACAGCUUCUCCAUCCCCUACCUCACGGCACUGGGGGACCUGCUGGGCACGGCCUUGUUAGCCUUGAGCUUCCACUUCCUUUGGCUCAUUGGAGAUCGAGAUGGAGAUGUGGGAGACUAAGAAACCCUGCAGCCGCUGUCCGCGCCAAGGAGGAGAGCACGAGACAGCCACCUCUGGCUCUUUUUCAAAACUCUACAAAGUCAGAAGUCAUCAGCAGACUUCUGCAGGGUGAUCUUGCAAGGGCCCUGACUCCAUUAAAUGGCCUUAACAUUUUUUAAGGAAUUUUUCCUGAAAACAGAAUGAACAAUAUUUGUGCUGCUUUUUAUAGAAUAAAUAAUUUGACAUAGACGUAGCCACAGACUCAAGUAAGAAAGAAUAUAGGAUAUUUACAAUGAAUAAUCUUGAAAUAGACUCGGCAGAGGUGGACUUUAUUAUUAUUUACAUUAUAAUGCAGGGUUAGCAGAACGGAGCUCGAGUUGAGCCUCUUGUGCCUCACAGGUAGAUUAUGCUGCAGGCAUACUGGCAAAUAAAAGGCACCCAGCCAAGCUUUUCAGUUUUACUUAUGCCCACCUCAAUGCUAGCUGAGGACAAAUCUACCAGUCACUUAAAUAUGUUCUACUGAGGGCCAGGAAUGUAGCUCAAUGGUUCUGCCACCUGCCUUGCAGGUACAAGAUCCCAUGUUUGAUCCCUGGUACAAAAAAAUAUUUUUUUUCAUUCAUUCAUUCUACUGACCAUACCAUGAGCUCAUUCUCACUUGCAUGUAAAAGUACCCUGUACCAAUGCUAAUUUAAUUUCAGCUCUUCAAGUUUUCCCCAGGCUACCUGUAAACACAGCCAUCUUGAGAGACCUGUAAUGAAACCAGUGAGCCAUUUCUGAUCUUUUAUUUGUAGGAAAAAAAUGUUGCCAAUAUGCAAAACACUUCAAUCAAAAAGAGAAUAUAGGGCCAGAGAUUUCCACCACCUGCCUCGCAAGUGCAAGGCCCUGAGUUUGAUCCCUAAUACCAAAAAAAAAGAGAAGAUAGAUGGUCUGAGCUUCAUUUGUAGACAAGAUGGUAUGAGAAACACAUGCGAGAGUCUGAGAGGCGCUUUCUGGGAAGAACUUGAUCUUGGAUUGCUGAUAGUAGGGAUCAGUAAUCUUGGAAUAAAAGCAGUAUAGAGUUAUUCUUAAGCACAUUUUAUUAAUAUAUUUUGGUCAUUUGGUCCCAAAAUUUUGUUACUGACCAGAAUUUGGUAUUUGUUAUCUAUAUUAUAAUGGAACAAGCAGUUCCUCGGUUCUCAUACAGGAGCCUGUCAUGUGCCCUUGGACAGAGAAGUGGGCAGGUCAUUUCAGUGAGGGCUUGCACCUGUCCAUGUCACUGUUGGCCCAGGCUGGUGAGGCCGUGGGUCCUCGCUGCACACACUGCUGUAAGUCCCAGGUGUGUGUGUUCUAAACACCUCGAGCAACAUCCCCACUGUUCAGUAGGCAAGCCUUUUAUAUCAUGUAUCACUUUUUUUUUUUUUUUUACCGGGGAUCGAACUUGGGUUCUUAUGCU